ACGGUUUCAACCUGUUGGAAAUUCUUCAAAAUGGCCUUCGGUGUUUUCAGCUUUGUCGGUUUAAUCCUCGCUGUUAAUUUGGUGCUAACCAGUGCUUGUAACGGUGGCUAUGAAUUGAUUAUUCAUCAUAUUGAAAAUUGCGGUGGAGACGAUCAGGUUAUAACUAUUGAUCCCAAAUCGACCGCUACAUUGACGAAGGAUUGCAAGGUUACAUCGAAAUCGACGGUGAAGACGAUCGGGUUCAAGAGUGCUGAUAUGACGGUUACCGUUUCGAAGAACGGAAUUCCGGUUGUUAACGAAAAGUUAGACCUGUGCGCCAGCAUGGAGGAUUCGAAGAACAAUAAGGAUGCGGCCGAAAUUAUGACCAUGUUUGGUGUUCCAGACAAGUGCCCGGUCGAAGGAGGGGAAAUCAAGACAACCGAGAGUCAAGAGUAUAGUUUGGAAAAGUAUAAACAACAUCUGAUGAUGGCGGAGGGGAAAAUUGCGGUGGAUUGUAAAAUCGUUCACGAUAACGGUGAAAGCUGUUUUAAGAUCGACAUGGAGGUGAAAAAAGAAGGAGGUCUUCUUGGUUAAUUUAUUUUGAAUGCGGAAAAUAAUUUAUGAAAUAGGUGCAAUAUUCAAAUAAAUUCACUGUUUUGAUGAUA